AUGGCUGACAAAAAGAAGGUUUCAAAAGGCGUUGCCGCCAUUGAAGAGGCAGAGUUUAACGGGUAUUUUAACACCAAGAAGGAGAUGAUUUACAAAAAUAUCAUAUGGGAUUUAUUGAACAAGUCUCAUAAUGAGAAAAACAAGGCUCAAAAACAAGAAAAGAUGAAGAAAGAUGAUAAAAGGAAGAGGCAUGCUUCAAGAACUAAUCAUGAAGAAGAUGAUAAUCAGAGAAAGAAGAAGAGGCGCCUGAGUUCAAAAGUGAACUAUGAUGUCCUGGAAAAACUAAUGAACGAUGACGCGACGACGCCGGAGCCUGUAAAGACUGAGAGAGAAUGCAAGGAGGAGAAGACUGUUGAAAGAGAAAGCUGUGGAGAAGGUGAUGAAGUUGAGAAUGGGAAUGAGAAUGAGGAGGAUGAAGAUGUCGAUUAUGGGAAUAUUUAUUAUGGUGAUGAAGAUGAAGAGGAAUACAACAACUAUGAGGAAGAUUACGAAGAUUACUGA